AACUGCAGCAGUCCUCAUUAAAAUUCCCCGUCCGUACACUCGCCACUGAAAACCCUCCUGUAGUGGGUGGCACCGGCGUCCUGCGCGCCUUAAUUGCGCACCAGGCUUUAACCAGCGCUCACGGAUCAGUGUGGCCGUGGUAUCACGCUGCCUGUGUGGCGGAGUUUCCUUCACUCCCUCCUCUCCUGAUAUUUAACCACGUCGAGGCUGAGAGAGACGGACGAGAAGUGAGUCCUGGAGGUCCAGCAAAGGGUGGCGCCCUGCGCAUCUCAUCCAGCGCCUGGACACGCGCUGUGACGCUUUCCCACGGGCAGUGGAGGGGGGGAGACCCACAGUCAGUCAGUCACAGUCCUGCUCCUGCUCCUGCUUCUUCUUCUCCUGCUGCUGCUGGAGCUUCACUGGCUUCUUGUUGCGGCACAUGGUUGUGACAUUUCUCGCUGUGGACUGGGAACAUGUGCGUGUGGAUGGUGUGAAGUGUGACACAGCUGCUCUCGGCUUCUCUCGGAUACGACAAGUACCCGACGCUACGACGCACCUUGUGAAAUAUAGAGAGCCAUGAGCACUGUGGAGGAGGAGCCGGAUCACAUGAUAUCAUGAAGACGAGCCUGCAGGUCCUGCGCUGCCAGCUGCUGAGUGUUCUAGCAUUUCUAGCACUGCCAGCGGCACUGGUGUCGUCAGCACAGGAGCUGUACCUCAGUCAGAUGUCCCGGGACUCUGUUUCCAUGGCAGCUGCCCAUAGCAACCCCCUUUCUCCCCCCGAAACACCCUACCUUGACUCGCAUCAGGAAGGCUCCAGUAGCGGAGAGCGGUCAUACAAAGGAAGUACUCAACCUACAAAUAUCAUCCUUCCUACUGGUGUCCUCUACCCUUCAACCAGGCUUCACACCACCAGCCAUGUUCUUGAAGAACCUCCCGUUCAUGACACUGUCACUCCAAACACUGAAAGCUGGGUUAAUCAGCCCCAAGACAUGGCAUCUGCUCCCAGAGGAGCUCCAAACCCCCUGGCUCUUAUGUCCACCUCUGGCUUAGUUGGAGGAGAUACAUUUGCUGCACAGCACAUCGGGCCUCAGAAGUUGAGUGUGAACGAGCCCACUGACCCCAGUCAUCAUCUCCCAGAUCUACAUUCCCCCUCAAUAUACCUGUCAUCGCUCAGUAGUGACCAUGCUCUUGGCCUGAAACUCUGGGGGCAUCCACGAGAUGUUUCCCAGUUGGCUGCACGCCACACCAUCACCGUGAGGGAGGUUCCUGCUUCAAGCGAGUCCCCCACAGGUGAGCUGACAGUAGAGGCAGAGUCUGCUCCUCCACAUGAGAACCCACCAGAGAAUCAAACUUCCACUGUGUCCACCCCAACUCUGUCCACUGAGCAGAGCCUCAAAACACUGGAUCCCACAGUCGUCUCAAACAACCACUCGGCAUCCAAUGAGUCCACCACCGCCGAGGGCCAUGUUGAGGUUUUCCGGGGUAACGUCACAGACAAUCCCCCUCUUGGGCAGCAGAUAGGGAAUUUAACUACACAUGUUUCGCUGCUCUUGAACAGCAGUGCAGUCGAGGAGGUGCCAGCUAAGGGGAACACUUCAGAGGCCUCUUCCACAGCCAGCAAGAACUUCCUAAACAAGCAGGGUUCUACGACCACCCAGGAACCCUGGACUCCCGACAACAGCUCAGACCCCACCGUCAACUCCCCGCCCUCCCGCAUGACUAUCUGCUUGAGCCGGAUGGACUUUGUGUGGAUCGUGCUCGCCAUCAGUGUGCCUGUAUCCUCAUGUUCCGUGCUGCUGACCGUGUGCUGCAUGAGGAGGAAGAAGAAGUCGUCCAGUCAUGAGAACAACCUCAGUUACUGGAACAACGCCAUCACCAUGGACUACUUCAGCCGGCACGCCGUGGAGCUGCCCAGAGAAAUACACACACUGGAGAGUGAGGACCAUGACUCCUGUCUACCCCCUAAUGGAGACUACAGUGGCAGCAGCAUGGUCCUGGUUAAUCCUUUCUGCCAGGAGACGCUCUUCAUCAACAGAGAAAAAGCCUCUGCCAUCUAGAGACAGAAAACCAGAGACACUGUCCGAGUCUCCUCCACCUACACCCCCCCUGCCGUGAUGGUCUAUUUUAUAUUUGUGGUAAAUAUUCAGAGACUUUGACUUUAUACUGUAUAUUAUAAAAACAAAGAGCAACCUGAGAGGAGUGUGAUGUAAACAGAUAUUGUUUACAGUGAGGAUGCACCUGCAUAUUUUUCUGAUGUACAUUUUAUAAAAAAAAAAGAGAGAAAAGGUUUAAUUGUGAUAAAUAAAUAAAUAAAAAAAGGUUUUUAUUGUCUUUAUAAAAUACAGAAUAUUUGUGGUAGUGUGACGGUGAGUGUUCUGUGGACGUGGCCACAGAGACAGAGAAAUGUGCUAUGAAAACAUUUAACGCUGUAAUUUUCCUUUUCCUUUAUAAAAAUCAAUCCCAAAAUACUUAUAGCCUGUUGAACUUGAAUAUCACACCUAUAAUAUUUUCUUGGGGGGAGCGGAGAAGUCGUAAAAUAUUGUUUAUGAUCAAAUCAGGGUCUGUAUUUAUCAAAUAAUUGAGCCAAUACAUUUAAAAAGAGUUUUGAACAACCAAUCAGAGACGAGAGACAGAGUUGUGAUCAUUUAAAAAUGUGAUUUUCAUUUGCAAGAAGAAGAGCAAUCUUGUGCUUUUAUAAAAGACAAUAAUUUGUCAAUAUAUUAUGUGUAAAAAGUGACACAAUCUGCUUUGCAAAUACAGGAUAGGCCUAUGUACAUUAUAAAUGAAGAUUAAACGAUAGGAAAUUAACAAAAUUCUAGUAGUAAAAAAAUUUGCUGGUGCUUGAGAAGUUACUAGACGGACAACAGACUAGGAUUGAAAUAAUUGUACCACACUGACAAGUACAGGAAAUGCUGAUCAAUGUGGACAAAAACAAAGAAAAUAGUAUUAUGGCAUCCUUGCAAAUGCAGGUAAUGUUAGAAACCGACUUAACUAUGGAUUAUACAGGUAAUGAACUACUCAGUGUCACAACUGUAUUCUUUACAAUCACUUUAGAACACGGGGUGAGCCGUAUGUUCACUGACCCUUAAAGUUUUAAUAUAUUUUACUCUUACUUUUGAAAGUAGGAGUAAAAGUAAAGAACUUGUAUCUCUCAGCAAUUUGAUAAAUAUAAACCCAGAUUUUACUGGUAAAUGUGUGCGGAUUAUUUGUGGAGGAUUUAUGGUUCCACAUCUGGUGGUACUUGUGAAAGUGAUUCCCCCCCCAUGUGUCACCAGCUUCUCUUAAGAGGGACCACAUAGAUGUCUUAAUUCUUUAUGUUGGCCCUUUAUUAUACCAGUGUAUGUGUAUGGAUGCCUUUGUUCCAUGCAUGUACACAUACUGUGAGAGUGUGUGGACAAUUGGUUUAAAAUGUGCUGCGGCCCCUUAACCAAAUAUGAUUUUUCCUUUCAGUCAAACAAGACUGUAUCACUCAGUUGUAUCUGUUUUUGCGUGUGCUUCUGUUUGCGCGUGCGUGCGUGUCCCUGUAUGUGUGUCUGUCUUGUCCGUGUCGUGGAGUCGCUACUUAGCCCAGUUUGAGAAAUAUUUUCUCAGUGCCAUAGAAAACAAUUAGACCAUCUGUUGCUACUGUGAGUGUUUCCCAAAAAAAACCCAGAAAAGCGUAAAUGAAUGAUUUUUUUUUUCUGGACCACAUUAUAGAGUAUGUCUUAGAAGUCAUGACCAAUGAAAAUCACCGAGACAAAAAAUGUACAGUAUGCUGAAUAUUAACUGUGAGCACAUACAGAGGCGUUUAAAUAUUUCUUUUUUUAAUUAUUGAACCUGUGGCCCUUCUGUCAUUUGUUUUUACUUUGCAUUGCUGCAGUUUUUAAUCCAAUAAUCAAUGCUGCCUGCCUUUAUUGUCGCUAAAGAUUUUCUGCAUUGUGCGAUGUUGUUCUAAAAUCCCUGAGUCAAGCAGCGGUGGGGAACAACACAAUUAAACAUAUUGAUAUUUCCUGCAUUGGAUGCUCACGGGUGGGCUUGUUGUUUUGCACGCUCGAUAAAGUGUUUAUUUUACCAAAACGUUCAGUGGCACGGUGGAGCAGUGUUCAACAUUAUGUAUUUUUUGUACUGUAGUAUACACUGUACUUUUUACUGCUGAGCAAUAAAACAAAAUUUAAAAAAACA